GUUUUAAAAUAGAGGAAUGUUUUCACAGGCCACAAUAUUUGUGCCCAGCCGUUUAUAUGUUCUAUAUGUGUUGACCAGAACAACGAAAGCAUGAAGAAACUCAUUUUUUUGUGGUCUUUAUGUCAGAUGUCAUGCUGCUAUGAAACAGGUUCUCACUCCAUAUGGAUGAAGGCAACAUACAUCAGUGGAAAGACUCCAUUUCCAGAAUUCUCAGGAUAUGUGAUGUUGGAUGACAUUGUGUUUGCAUACUAUGAUUCGAAUGAACACAAAUUAUUACACAAAGACAUCAAUAAGGCCUCAAACACCAGUUUUGAUGAAGAUGAUAUGAGUUAUUUUGAACACUUUAUUGGAUAUGUACAUGGAAGUCUGAAAGGUCGAGGAUCUUAUCUGAACAACUAUUUCAACCACACAAAUGAUACUUGCACCUUUCAGAGACUUUCUGGAUGUGAACUACUGGACAAUGAUAAACCAGGAUUGAUGACUAGCACGGAUGCUUACAAUGGGAAGGCUGUUGAAGGAGUGUAUUAUGAUGUAGACCAUGACGUUCUUCACACUAACUGCAAGUGGACAAAUGAGGAGAGUUCAAUAUGGACUCCAAAUAUGAACUUGCCUUCCCUGUUCAGAAUGAUAUACCACCAAUUGCAUCACAUUUCUCAAAAAACAUCUGGCCAAAGAAAGAAACCGUGUGCUGAAAAAGGUGAAGCCCAGAGCCAGGCUCCUCCAGAGAGAAAAUAUGGGCUCAACAGGUGUUCUGUUGACCUGUCUGGCCACUGGUUUCUACCCCCGUCACAUCAACCUGACCCUGCUAAGAGACGGCCAGCCUGUGUCUGACCACCAGAUCACUGGGGGGGAGCUGCUACCUAAUGGAGAUGAGACGUACCAGAUGAGGAAGAGCCUGGAGGUCAGUGCAGAGGAACUACAGCAUCAACACUACACCUGCACAGCUGAACACCUCAGCCUGGACAAACAAGCUGGACAUUGAUUUGGAGCGAGAUUGGGACUCGGUAACUACACCCAUCGGGUUCUCUGCACCGCUGGCUGUGUGUGUGUGCUGCCUGGUUGGAGCCAGUAUCGGGUCUUCAUCAUGUGUAGGAGGAAAACAACGAAAGAUCAGGGCUCCCAGACUACUCUUUCCAGUAACUCCACAGCUGCCUCAAAUGAGGGAUCCCAGACUACACUGUUGAGUAACUCCACAGCUGCCCAAAUGUUUCUCUAUAGAGGAAGAGUCCAGGUGCUACGUUCCACAUAGAUGACAACAUAACAGCAAGGAAACAAAAUGCAAGUCCUGCGGGUAAAAGAGGCAGCAACUACUGGAAGCACAAUAUUCCAUCAGACAAGCUGAAAGCAACAAUUCAUCCACCAUGUUGGGGCUACUGUUUAUCUUCUAUUCAUUCCAUAUUCUCUCUGUAAAAUCAGGUUUGCAUUCUUUGUUGCUGUUUCAUAUAUAUUUAGUGGGUGAGACUCCAUUCCCAGAAUCCCAGACUCUGUUUAUGCUGGAUGACAUUCAGAUUGGAUACUACAACUCAAAAGACAACAAGUUUGUACACAGAGGCAUGAAUGGUCUGGAGAGAACACCUGAUGCCAUAGAACUGGAACUAGCUCCUAAAUUGAAAUUGAAUCAUGAACGUAUGAAAAAUAAGGUCUCUUAUCUGAGACAGAUUCUGAACCACACAAACAGUAUUCAUGUUCUACAGAGAGCUGCAGGAUGUCAGUUACAGGAAAAUGACGACGUAGGAAUUUACUUGAGCAAAGACGCAUUCAACGGGGAGGCUGGAGAUGUCCGCUAUUACAAUCCACAAAAUGACAGCCUUCAUUCUGACUGGGUGUGGCCAGAAGCAAUGGACAAUACAUGGCCUGGGGGUGUGCAUAUAGCUUAUACAUGGUACCAUGAUCUCUGCAUUGAACGCCUGAAAACACACUUGGCCAAAGAAAAGAAUCGUAUUUUUAAAAAGAUGAAGCCCAGAGUCAGGCUCCUCCAGAAGACACUCCCAGACUCUGGAGGGGCCAAAGUGACCUGCCGGGCCACUGGUUUCUACCCCCGUCACAUCAACCUGACCCUGCUCAGAGACGGCCAGCCUGUGUCUGACCACCAGAUCACUGGGGGGGAACUGCUACCUAAUGGAGAUGAGACGUACCAGAUGAGGAAGAGCCUGGAGGUCAGUGCAGAGGAACUAAGAGAGAAACACCAGUACUCCUGCACAGCUGAACACCUCAGCCUGGACAACAAGCUGGACAUCAGUUUAGAUCAUGAGUGGGAUUCAGUAACCACAUCCAUUGUGCCCUCCGUGCUUAUUGCUGCUGGGUUAGUGUGUCUUGCUGGAGUCGUUGCCUUUAUCAUAUGGAGGAGGACCCACACAGGUCGAGGCUCACAGACCUCUCUGCAAGUGAACACAGACGCUUCAGGAACGUCUCCAGACUGCACCCUGCACUCAAACAACGCUCCGCUGAAGUGCUCGUCAACACCCUCGUAACAUCACACAACGCUCCACUGAAGUGCUCGUCAACACCCUCGUAACAUCACACAACGCUCCACUGAAGUGCUCGUCAACACCCUCGUAACACCACACAACGCUCCACUGAAGUGCUCGUCAACAUCCUCGUAACACCACACAACGCUCCACUGAAGUGCUCGUCAACACCCUCGUAACACCACACAACGCUCCACUGAAGUGCUCGUCAACACCCUCGUAACACCUUUCAUCAACUACUGCACUGCAAUCCUGACAGGCAUUCCAAACAAACUCAUCCAUCGCCUCCAACUCAUUCAACACUCUGCAGCACGGAUCAUCACCUGCACAAAGUCCUCCCAACAUGUUACACCUCUCCUGAUAGAGCUACACUCUCAACAGAUCAACUUUGCACCCAAACUGUGGAACUCACUCCCCUCACACAUCCGCACUC